UUACGGUGACCUGAUACCGAAUCGAGGGUUUCGGGCUCGCGGCUUCUGUAAGCAGGUUUGGCUGCCGUUUCGCGAAGGCUCCCAAGUCUUUCGCUGGGACGAAGUGGAGCAAUGGGGGAAAUACUGAUGGUCCCUGCACUGGGAAGAAUUUUGCUCGGCCUGCUUCUACUGGCUUCUUUUCUCUCUGCUCUCGGAUCUUCCUCCCCUUCGCCAGAUGUGCGGAUUCUCAGUGCCGAGAGGAGGGUUGAUUUGACCUCAUCAAUCGUAAAGGUUUAUCUAACUCUGAAGGUAGAAAAUUCUGGCGCAUCUCAUGCUUCAGAUAUUUUUCUUGCUUUUUCACCAACAGAAACUGAACACUUGGCAAUAAUAAAAGCUUCUUUACCUGAGGGCAAGCGCAAAAAGAAAAAAUAUAUUCCUCUUGAUGUAAAUCCCACUGAAUUGUCUGAGGCACCAAACGGUGCUAAACUGUUUUCUGUAUCUCUAAUCAACCCUCUAAUGGCUGGAGCAACAGCAGUUAUAGAAGUGCUUUACAUAUUGACUCAUUCGCUAGAGCCUUUUCCUGCUGAGAUCAGUCAGUCAGAGUCACAAUUGGUAUACUACCGUGACAGUGCAGUAUUACUGUCUCCUUACCAUGUUGUGGAGCAGAUUAUGUAUAUCAAAACACCUACUAACAAGAUUGAGUCCUUUACAAGAGUAGACCCAACUAACCGUGCUGGCACAGAGCUAAAAUAUGGACAUUUCCAUGACCAUCCGCCAUAUUAUUCUUCCCCAAUACUUAUACAUUUUGAAAAUAACAAUCCAUUUGCGGUUGUUGAGGAGCUUGUUCGUGAAGUGGAAAUUUCCCAUUGGGGAUCCCUACAAGUAAAGGAGUACUAUCAAUUAAAGCAUGCUGGUGCGCGACACAAAGGAGUAUUCUCAAGGCUUGAAUACCAGGCAAGACCAUCUAUUAAUGGCGCCUCAUCAUUCAAACAACUUCUUGCAAAAUUGCCUCCUAGAGUUAAUUCAGUGUACUAUCGAGAUGCGAUUGGGAAUAUUUCUUCAUCACAUUUACGCACCGAUUAUCAAAAGUCAGAACUGGAAAUAGAGCCUCGUUAUCCAUUAUUUGGAGGUUGGAAGGCCAGUUUUGUCAUUGGUUACUCUGUACCUUUGGAAGACUUCUUGUUUGAAUCGCCUGAAGGACAACAUUAUUUGAACUUCAGUUUUGGAUGUCCGCUCUAUGACACUCUGGUUGAUUCUCUUACUAUUAAAGUUGUCCUUCCUGAGGGAUCCAAAAGUCCAUCUGCUGUACUUCCCUUUGGAGCAGAUCAAUAUUUAGAGAAAACUUUCUCGUACCUUGAUGUUGUGGGGAGGACUACAGUAGUCAUCAAGAAAAAGAAUGUGGUGCCAGAGCACAACGUUCCUUUCCAGGUCUACUACAACUUCAACCCAAUAUUCAUGCUUGCAGAGCCGUUGAUGCUUAUAACUGCAAUUUUCCUGUUCUUCAGUGCUUGCAUUGCAUAUUUGCAUAUGGAUCUCUCCCUUGCAAAGAAGGCAUAAAAAAUUGGCAUAGUUUGCCUCAACUGAAGAAGGAUUGUGCAUUAGGAAUAUGUAUGUCAUUAUGACAUUAAUUUUGGAUUAGAUUGCUUACUGUUGGAGUGUUACAGAGUCAUUAUUUUUCCUUUUUUUUUAAGGUUAUCAAUGUUCCAAUUUUAUUCGAAUUCGACCCGAAAAGUUGGGGAUUGGUUAAACUUUUUGAGAAUUUUGAGUUGAAUUUUGAUGAAUACUUGAGAGAAUUAUGUUUUGGCCAGUUUGAAAA